ACCAACAAGGGCAAACUAGUAAAUUACUGACACCCGUCAGCCAUAUUACCUCUUCCGGGCCGAAUCUAGGGUUUCUGUCGUCCGCAGUCAUCGGUUCCCUAGGGUUUCUCUUUGUGCUCUGCUGCGAUGGCUCCAACCAAGAAAACGAAGAAGACGACGGAGAGCAUAAACAACAGGCUAGCCCUCGUGAUGAAGAGCGGAAAGUAUACCCUAGGAUUUAAGACCGUUCUUAGAUCUCUCCGGAGCUCCAAAGCAAAGCUGAUAAUCAUUGCAAACAACUGCCCUCCUCUGCGCAAAUCCUUGAUCGAGUACUAUGCUAUGUUGGCCAAGGUCGGAGUUCAUCAUUUUAAUGGAAAUAAUGUUGAUCUUGGAACAGCCUGCGGAAAAUAUUACCGAGUUUGCUGCCUCAGCAUCAUCGAUCCAGGUGAUUCCGAUAUAAUUAAGAGUAUCCCCGGUGACCAGUGAAUGGAUGCGGUUGUACUAUUGAUUUAGAAAUUCAGAUGAGCAUCAUAUAUGUGACUUGUUUUCUUGAGGAGGAUUGCUUGGUUCUAUGUUAAUUUUCACCCAAGCUUUGGAAGAGAACAUAAUUAAGCUAGAUUUUCAGUUCGUGUUCUGCGUGCCAAUUUUAUUUGUUUAGUCCUUGUUUGGGGUGCCAUGUCGGAGUUUUCAUAUUAUCUUCAGACUUUACCGGAGCCGACCGCAGCAUGGUGAAGUUUGUUUUUUCAGCUAAUUUAAUUAAGCAGCCCAGUUUCAGGCUUAUUUGGUUAUUU